GAGUCAGAGCGAGAGACGUGGCGUGUGGCGUCAUAGCGUGUGUACUUCAAGCAUGGGCCAUGGCCGCCAUAAGGCAAUCGCAAUGAUACGUCACUGCGCGCACCGUUUUGAUUAAAGAUGGAGGAGGGAAGAGACGAGAGGUUUCAGUCGCGAAGACGUACCGCCGCUUUGAAGGCUUUUAAAGUUAAAGACGAGCGAGUGGCUACUUUUAAGAAGGUGGCGGCGAUUUUACAAAAAUCUGAGGUAGACAGGACGGCGGAGGAAACUGGGAUACUCUCCUCGUGCAGCGACGUGGUGAAAGAGGUUAAUCUACGACAAGAAAAACGAGAUAGAAUAAAGGCAAGAUUGGAGGAGAUUGAAGAUGCACCUGAAAUCUUGGAGGAAAAAUGUAUACGCUUGGCAGCAGCGAUCAGUAGAGCAACAUCACUUGCGGUAUAUACUGGUGCUGGUAUUAGCACAGCGGCAUCUAUUCCAGACUAUAGAGGGACUAAUGGAGUUUGGACUCGUAUGCAACAGGGAAAAGAUAUUGGGAAUCAUGAUCUGAGCCAAGCUGAGCCAACUUUGACGCACAUGGCCCUUUACGCAUUGUACAAGGUGCGAGUCCUCAAGCAUAUAGUUUCUCAAAACUGUGACGGAUUGCAUUUGCGUAGCGGUAUCCCGCGUAAUCUUUUGUCCGAAGUGCAUGGCAAUAUGUACGUGGAAGUUUGUAGAACGUGCAAACCAUCUAGAGAAUAUUGGAGACUUUUCGAUGUUACUGAAAAGACUGCGCGAUAUCAACACAGUACAGGAAGAUUGUGUCACAUAUGUAAUUCAGUGUUGCAAGAUUCUAUCGUUCAUUUUGGCGAGAGGGGCAAUCUACCUUGGCCGAUCAAUUGGAAUGGAGCAACUAGAGCUGCGAAGCAAGCGGACGUUAUAUUGUGUUUAGGUUCUAGUCUAAAAGUUCUUAAGAAGUAUCCGUGGUUGUGGCAAAUGGACAAACCCGUUCCGAAAAGAGCCUCUCUAUAUAUCGUCAACUUGCAGUGGACUCCGAAAGAUGAGAAUGCAGUUUUAAAGAUAAACGGCAAAUGUGAUGAAGUAAUGAAGAAAGUCAUGAGUCACUUGGGACUGGAAAUUCCGCGAUAUAAUCGUAUAAAGGAUCCAAUCUUCUUUCAUGCAGUGAAGCUCCAGAACAACGAACAACUUACCAAAACUCAACCGUGUCUCGAAGAACCAGUGAUUAAGGAGCCUUUGAGUCAAAGCAGUGACGAGAAUGUUGAACACACAGUACGAGAAACUGACAAAGAAGACCGCAUAUCGUCCAUAGCAGUGGCUGACAUAACAACUGCUUAUCCGGCACCUUUUUUUGCCGCGUUACCGUUCCUAUCUAUGGGCUUGCCAUUUCCUCCCAUGUACAUGUAUCCUCAAUUGACGCCAUUAUUUUAUUAUCCUUUUAUACAAAUACCAAACAUACCGGCGGAAGUGCCAAAACCUAAACCAGCUUGUUCAUUUUGUAUGGAGCAUGAGGGUUCUCUUACUUGUUUGUAUUAUCAACGUGAUGUGGAGUGUUCGACGCCGAUAAAGACCGAGAAUGAGCAGAAACAAGAGGAAGGUGCGCUAGUGAUUCACGCGGACACUCCCGUAGCAUCUCCAAAGAAUCCAGGCUGGUUUGGUAAAGGUUACCGUAAGGGUAUGAAGAGGAAGCGGUAGCAUCCACUCCAUGUAAAUCUAUACAAUAUGCUUGGCCGACUAUUGACCGGGUUUAUUCAAUAUAAUCUUAUAUUAUACAAUAUAUUUACAUAAGUAUUUAAAGCCUCCAUAUCAUAACAAAACUGCGUAUUUUGUAGAUUUAUAGCAAUUUGAUUCCAGUAUUCAAAGCUUUAAAAAAAUAGACUGAAAUUCUGCAAAUAUUUUAUGCAAAGGCGAUCCUUUAUUUGUGUCAACUUCGAAAUAGACUUAUUUUAUUGAACUUUGUCAUGAUUUGAAUUCUCCUCCAAGACAAGCAAAUCAAGUGCACGUUUCAAUUAAAAAUGGCUUUAAACAUCACAUAUUAAUUUUCAACAAUAUUUUACUUAUUACAAGAGUUUUUUGUCUCUCAGCUGUGAUUUGUUUUUUGUCAUUUUAAACGAUUUUGGGCGAUCGUUUGGUACACGUACCAAACUGUACCAGAACCAAUGAGAUAUAAGUGAACUUUUAUCUUAUUGGUUCUAGUACAGUUUGAUACAUGUAUCAAACGAACGCCAAAAAUCGCCUAUUAUUUAUAUGAUAAUGUAAAAAAUAUUUUAACAGCUGCGAAAGAUAAUAUCUAAAAUCCAAGUUCUUGCUUAAAAGAUGUUUACUUCCUACUGACAAUUUGGAGUCUAUCAAUAAAUAGACUAAAUAUCUUUGCAAAUAUAAAUAUAAAUAUAAAUCAUAUUGCAAGCGAUUUAAUCGUUUAAAAUUAAUUUUGCUAUUGCACCAAGUAUAGGACAAUGAAAAAAUAAACAGGCAAAGAAUGGCUGCGUUCAGCAGAAAAAGCAGCUUUGUAACUGUUGUAAAAUUCUUUUAUAUGUUUUAGACUUAAGUUCUUUAUAUAUUUUAGACUUAUGUUUUAGACUUCUUUUAUAAGAUUGGUUUAUACAUUUAGGUCCAAGGAACUAAGAGCAAGAACAAUCGUGUUGGAGAAUUUUACAAUAGUUCUACUGUUACAUUCUCCGGUGAACGCAGCCGAUAUGAAUGCUAAAUUAAAGUGGAUACAGCGAUAUUUGAUUUUAUUUAAUUUGUUUGUACAACAAAAUAAAGUUUAUUCUUUCUACUAAAUAUCACAAAUACAAAAAGUGUAUAUAUAAUACACACACACGCGCGCGCGCAUACCGAAUCUUCUCAGAAUAUUUUAAAAUCUAAGAGAUUUUAAGAGAUAAUUUUUCUCAUUAAUCACGAUAAAAACAUUAUGCAGCUAUAUGUCCGAAUGAUUUAGUUUACCAUAUAGUAAAGGAUGAUAAAGUUAAGAGAAAAAAUUUUCCAAAAAAAUUUUAAAAUCUAAUGUAUUUUGAUGAAAUUUUGUGUAUAUUUCGAGAACAUAAAAUCUAUUUAAAAUUAAUUUUUUUUUUUUUUUUAACACAUUAGAUUUUUGUGACAUUUACUAGAACUAAUAAUUUUAUUAUUUUAUUUCAUAUUUUCAUAUAAGACAAUGGGGAGAAAAAACGUUUCUCAGAUGUCCUGAAAUUGUCUGAUUUUGUUAGAUAUUUGAUGUUAUUUAAUUCAAGAAAAUUGUCGAUGUUUGUACUAUUUUAUUGAUUUUGUUGUAUAGAAUUACUAAUAUAUAAUAUGUGAUGUGUGGUCUACAAGAAACAAAUUAUAUUUUUAUCUUAUCUAAAUUAUGUUAAAUUUAUAUUAAAAAUUAAAUAUAUCUAUUUAAAUGUAUCUAUGUGUAUAUCAAAUGUAUCUCAAUAUAAAAUUGUCUGAUUUUUCUAAUACAUGUUUUGAAAUUAAUAAUUUUAAUAUAUUCAUUAUUUAAAACUAUUAAUAGCUAUAUUAGCCAUGGAAAAUGAUGAUAAAACAUUUUUCUAUUUUUGCAACAUAAUUUUAUAUAUUAAUAUAUAAAGAAUUAUCAUUCUUUUUGGAUAUCUACAAAUAAGUUAUAAAGCAAUUUGAAGCAAAUGUAAAAGAGCAAUAUAAAUUGUUGUGAUAAAUUAUAAUAAUUAUAUGUUAUAAAUUCAAACAUAUAAUAAUAUUACAGAUUCAACAUACAUUAAUUUCGUAUAUUCAUUAUAAGUUCAUUCAAUUGUAGAAAAAUUACUUUUUUAUUUAUUAUUUUAUUUAAUAUUCUUAUAAGGAUUAAUCUAAAGUGACUUGCAUGAUACCUACUCUUGCCCUAAUCGAUUGUAGUCAUUCUUGUAUUGAGCACAUUGUAAUAUAUAAAGAAUAUAA